GGACAACAAAAAACACAUAUGAACUAAUUAUUUUCAUAAUUAUCAAGUUGUAGAUUACUUUCGAGUUUCGACUCAUUAAUGAAUUAUAGAGUUGGAUUUCAUUCUUCUUUUCUUCGUGUACUCGAUCAGGGUGAACUUCGCAGAAACCACGUCCCAAAAUAUUUUUGGCAUAUACUCUGUUUUUUAAUACAUGCAUAGUUUCCUGUGAAAUUCCUCACUUCUAUAGCUAUUUUAGUACGUCUGACCAAAAUUAUACCACUCUCUGAAGAAACAGUUUCGUUUUGCUCAACAUGCGGUGCUAAACUUUGGCGAUUUUGUGACGUUAUUUGGCAUUCUAUUUAACCCAGCUAAGUUAACUAUAUAUGGUUAAAACAACGAGACGUAAUGAUGGUUUUGUUACACCUUGGGAUGAAUAGCUUUGAAAAGCUAUAAAUGAAAUUCUUAAUUAAUUAUCUAGUAUUUUCCCAUAACACGAAAAUAAGAUGAAUAAUUAAUAAAAGGAAUAUUAUGGAGAUAAUUAGGAUUAAUUAUCUUAAUAGAUUAUAUUUUAAUUAUGGGAGUAAUUAUCUCCCUAAUUAAAAUGUGACUUAUUCCCAAAGAAAGAGAGAAUAUUCUGGGUUUUCUGCUCCUAUAUAUAAAUAGCAGACCCCUCAGACCCUCUAAACACACCUCAGAAGAGCAGAAACACGAGAGAGAGAGAGUGAAUUCAUAAAGCUCCGGUUUUCGCACAAAACGCAUGAGCAACGAAUCAGAGUGAUUGUUUUUUUAUUAUGGAGACGACCGCGGCUGAUAGUCUGAUGUGCACAAUACGAGGCGCAGUGCCGCGAACGUUUUAAAGAAAGCGACCUAGUCCGCAACUCAGCCAGAUCGGUAACCCUAAUUUUCCAUGUCCGGUUUCUAACACACCUCGCUUACCUGACUUAGCCUAAGAAGUUAAAAGCUCUAUAUAUAUGGGACCAUACACAUAGAGAUCGCGAUUUCUCUCUACGGACUGUUAACACAUUAGCCAUCAUGGCCACCGUACCAAGCUAGCUUGCUGCGAGGUCCAAAUUAACAGGAGAUAUUGGAAAGAUCGUCAAAAGUCAAACCAUCGACGACCAUGAAUGUCAAAGUACUGGAUCGACAAGGUUUAGAGGAAAUCAUCAUCAUCAUCAAGUUUAGUUUAAUGUCAAUGUGUGUGUUUUGACUUUAGUUUGAGUUCAUGUUUUAUCUUUGUACGUAGUCUCCAAAUGCUAGGUUGCCCAUAUUGUCCUGUAGUGCAAUGCUUUUGCCUAUUUAAAGCCAAAUAUGAAUGUAAAACACCUAAAACUUCCACGUCUCAUCUUUGUUGUUGCCAAUCGUUACUUACAUAGUUACAUUGCAUGUGAAAAUCUGAAACUACUUGGCAGGACCGCUUCACUAACCUGUCUAAUUCUCUCUCUCGUUCUCGCUCUCGCUCUAGCUAUAGAAUGAGGUACAAAGAUGGCAUUAGUUCCUACUUUGGGAUGGCUUCCAUAAUUAGCUUCUUGAUGAAAACUGACGUGGACAGGACUUUGGAGGUACAUAGGAGGACUCGAAGAAGAAGAAGAUGCGUCUCCAUGAUCUCAAAACCGUAACGCCAACUAAUUCUCAUGCAACUUCCACGAAGGAAGGCUCAAUAAUCUUAUUUUUUUUAAAUAAUGAUAUCCCCCCACCAAAAAUAAUGCCUUGCACGAAGUUAAUUAUAAACCGUAACGCCCUUCUCUCUCUCUAUAAAUACACUCUCGAACAUCAAACAAAACAUCGAUCGAACACAAUUAUCUCCUCAUAUAUGCUAAAUGGCUUCCAUACCUAACGGCGGCGGCAGCGGGGGAGGCCGGAGAAGGGAGGUGGCGUUCGAGGACCAUUUCCCGGCGAUGGUGGAGAGGCUCGGAGCGGAAGGGUUCAUGGACGAGCUCCACAACGGGUUCUGCCUGCUGAUGGACCCCGAGAAGGAGAUGAUCACGGCGGAGAGCCUGAGGAGGAACGCGGCGAGGGCGGCGCUGGGGUUGAUGGGAGAGACGACGAUCACCGACGAGGAGGCGAGGUGCAUGGUUAGGGAAGGGGAUUUGGACGGCGACGGCGGGCUGAGCCAGCUGGAGUUCUUCAGCUUGAUGUUCAGGCUCAGCCCUGACCUCAUGUCGGCUUCCACCGAGUUGUUCUUCACUGCCGCCGCCGACGAGGAUGAUGAUGGUCGCCGUGAUGUUUUUCAUGAUGGACACAACAUGACAACGUCCAAGGUUAAAUAUAAUUAGGAUUAAUCAAUUUCGUUCUCUCCUAUUUAGAAUUAUUGAUAUUGGUUCGUCUGGAUGUGAAACUUUGAUAUGCAUAUUUGGAGGUCGAUAAUUAUUAAUUAAUUAGUGAAUUUGCAAAGUUUUUGUGAUUGCCCUAUUAAUGGAGCGUGAGAGUUUUCUACGUCUGUCUUCCUAUUGGAACUCAAGCGCACGAGAGAGAUGUAACUAAGAGAUUUAUCCGCGAUUUUCCAAUUUGAACUUAAGCGAGAUGACUAAAUAUGUGCAAGACCGGAUACGAUCAAAGCUGUCGCUUUAACCAUAACAACAACAUCAACAACAACAACAACAAAAUAUACCCUUAAUAAAUAGCGAAACAUAUU